AUGACACUCUGGGGGCAAGACACGGUCAGAGAUGUCGCCGAAUCGGUGGGCAUCCUGAAUCUGAACAAAGAAGUCAACCAGGCGCUGUGUCGCGAUGUCGAAUACCGCAUCUCCCAAGUCCUACAAGAAGCCCUCAAGUUCAUGAAACAUGCCCGCCGAACCAUCCUCUGGUCACAAGACAUCUCACAGGCACUGCGCGUGCUGGACAUCGAACCUCUUUAUGGCUAUGAGUCUACUCGGCCGUUGAAAUAUGGGGAGGCGUCAUUGGGACCAGGACAACCGCUGUUCUACGUGGAGGAUGAAGAGAUGGAUUUUGAGAAGCUCAUCAACGCGCCUCUCCCCAAGGUGCCAAGAGAAGUCACAUUCACAGCUCACUGGCUGGCUGUGGAGGGUGUUCAACCUUCGAUACCUCAAAACCCGACCUCGACCGAAGCAAGGAAUCUCGAAUUAGUCCCCAAAGGGCCGAAUGCAAACCCUGCCCUGGCUGCGAUGAGCGGUGCUGACAACACCACCACGACGAAACCUCAGGUCAAACAUAUCCUCUCCAAAGAACUACAGCUAUACUUUGAGAAGGUUUGCGCGUCAGUGCUGGAUGAAACACAACCGGAGUAUCGCGCGGCAGGGUUGGCCAGCCUGAAAGAAGACCCCGGUCUACAUCAGCUGGUGCCUUAUUUCGUGCAAUUUGUAGCGGAAAAGGUCACGCACAACUUGAAGGAUCUAUUCGUGCUCACGCAGAUGAUGAUGCUCACGGAUGCCUUGACCCGGAACGACAAACUCAAUUUGACCCCUUACGUUGCCUCAAUGAUCCCCCCGGUACUGACCUGCUUGAUUGGACGCACUUUGGGCACUGGCAUUGGGGCACUUGAUCAUUACGACCUCCGCGAUCUAGCUGGGUCCCUGUUGGGCCAUCUCUGCAACAAAUACUCCAAAUACUCACAUAACCUCAAACCUCGUCUAGCGCGAUCCUGCCUGAAGACCUUCCUCGAUCCCAAGAAGCCAUAUGGCAGCCACUACGGCGCCAUCCUUGGAUUAAAAGCCAUUGGGGGAGCGGAAGUGGUUCGGCAGCUGAUACUACCCAAUGUCAAAGCGUAUGGGGAGCUAUUGGAGGAGGAUAUCCAGGAGUCAAGCAUGAAGAAGGCCGAGGCAGAAAAGGUCGUCAGUGCGAUCCUGAACGCCCUCGGGACACUGGUAGACGAUGACAUCCCCAUGAUGAAUGGACACUCAGCUGAAACUGCAGCCACCACCCGGAGCCAGCUAAUUGACAAGCUUGGAGAAGUUAUUGGAGGCAGGAUCGCGGAUUCGGGGAACACGCGGUUCGCCAGAGCAGUGCUUGAGGGAGAUGUCGCCGGGUUAUGA